CCGGCCACUGGCGGACACAAGCUGUGCAGGUCUCCGCAAUGCCAGUCGGAUCUUAAGCCGCCCGGUUCACCCCGUGAGAAGGAAAGGUCAAAAGAGCCCAGUUCCCAUCUCAACCACAGACUAUCGGUCCGAGACAGGCAGGAGAAACAGAAGCAGACACCGUUCAAUUGGAGUAAAGCGCGUCCUCCGGUGCAGCGCAGCGCAGCUAUAAGAGGAUUGCUGUAUCCCAAGAACUGCAACGCCACCCGAAGUGUGUUUAGACGGGAAAAAUGUCAUUGUCUGGGAAAGAAAACAACACUACCCCUCAUGCCAAUUACGUGGGACCGUACCGCUUAGAAAAGACCCUCGGGAAAGGACAGACAGGUCUUGUAAAGCUUGGGAUCCACUGUGUCACAUGUCAGAAAGUUGCCAUAAAGAUUGUAAACCGAGAAAAGCUCAGUGAAUCUGUCUUAAUGAAGGUGGAGCGAGAGAUCGCUAUCUUGAAGCUAAUAGAACAUCCACAUGUAUUAAAGUUGCACGACGUCUACGAAAAUAAGAAAUAUUUGUAUUUGGUUUUAGAGCACGUGUCGGGUGGAGAGCUGUUUGACUAUCUGGUAAAGAAGGGCCGAUUAACACCCAAAGAAGCUCGAAAGUUCUUCAGACAGAUCAUCUCAGCUCUGGACUUCUGCCACAGUCACUCAAUAUGUCACAGGGACCUGAAGCCGGAGAACCUGUUGCUGGAUGAGAAGAAUAACAUCAGGAUAGCAGAUUUCGGCAUGGCAUCCCUGCAGGUGGGAGACAGUCUGCUGGAAACCAGCUGUGGAUCUCCUCAUUACGCGUGUCCUGAAGUCAUCCGGGGAGAGAAGUAUGACGGAAGGAAAGCAGACGUUUGGAGCUGUGGGGUCAUUCUGUUUGCUCUGUUGGUGGGGGCUCUGCCGUUUGACGAUGAUAAUUUAAGAAACUUGUUAGAAAAAGUGAAGCUGGGUGUCUUUCACAUGCCCCAUUUUAUCCCACCGGACUGCCAGAACCUUCUGCGAGGAAUGAUCGAGGUCGACGCCGGCAAUCGGUUAACGUUAGAGCUGAUCCAGAAGCACACGUGGUACAUAGGAGGGAAGAACGAGCCGGAGCCGGAGCAGCCGGUGCCCAGGAAGGUGGCGAUCCGCUGCAUCCCGUCAGCCGAAGACAUCGACCCGGACGUCCUGGAGAGCAUGCACUCGCUAGGCUGCUUCCGGGACAAGAACAAGCUGAUGAAGGACCUGCUGUCGGACGAUGAGAAUCAGGAGAAGAUGAUCUAUUUCCUUCUGUUGGAUCGUAAGGAGAGAUACCCCAGCCAUGAAGACCAGAACCUCCCUCCUCGCAACGAUAUAGAUCCGCCGCGAAAGCGCGUCGACUCACCCAUGCUGAACAGACACGGGAAGAGGAGGCCGGAGAGGAAGUCUAUGGAGGUGCUGAGCGUUACGGAUGGAGGUUCACCUGUACCGGCACGACGAGCCAUCGACAUGACACAACACGGACAGAGGUCACGAUCCAUCAGUGGCGCGUCCUCUGGUCUCUCCACCAGCCCUCUCAGCAGCCCACGGGUGACCCCCCACCCCUCUCCAAGGGGCAGCCCUAUCCCCACCCCCAAAGGAACGCCCGUGCACACACCUAAGGACAGCCCAGCGGGGACGCCGACCCCUACGCCACCCCCCAGCCCCUCCAGGGGAAUGCCCUGGAAGACGCGCCUCAACUCGAUCAAGAACAGCUUUCUGGGCUCACCGCGCUUUCACCGCAGGAAACUGCAAGUUCCCACUCAAGAGGAAAUGUCCAGCCUCACGCCAGAGUCUUCCCCAGAACUUGCCAAAAAAUCUUGGUUUGGUAACUUCAUCAACCUAGAGAAAGAGGAGCAGAUCUUUGUGGUUAUUAGGGACAAGCCACUGAGCUCUAUAAAAGCCGACAUCGUCCACGCCUUUCUCUCGAUACCCAGCCUCAGUCACAGCGUCAUCUCGCAGACGAGUUUUCGGGCUGAGUAUAAAUCCACCGCCGGCCCCACCGUCUUCCAAAAGCCUGUUAAGUUCCAGGUCGACAUCACGUACACCGAGAGCACCGCGGCCACCAAGGAGAACGGCAUCUAUUCAGUCACCUUCACUCUGCUCUCAGGUCCAAGCCGGCGUUUCAAGCGGGUGGUAGAAACGAUUCAGGCGCAGUUGUUAAGCACACACGACCAGCCGGGAGUCCAGCAGCUGUCUGGCAGCCCAUUGAGUAACUUCUUUGACGUAAUUAAACAACUUUUUUCAGACGAGAAGAACGGUCAGGUGCCUCUUCCACCUGGCACGCCCAACAGACACCCACCUAACGCCCGUCGCCACGACCCUCAGCCUAGUGACUCUAAAUGCCCAGCGGGCAAUCCCAGGGACAAUGCCAUGCUGGUGGCAUCUGUUGGGGCACAGGAGCAGCCCUAAAACUUUACCAAUCAAGCUUUUCAAAUGUACCUACAAAAGAACUCAAAAUGUACAUAAUCUUAGAGGUGAUGGAAUUUAUAUUUGGACAAACUUUUGUAUGAUGAAAUGACUUAAAAACAAAUUCUGACACAAAUCCAGACACAUUUCCCCUUUCACCGCCUCUGCCAUGUCGUUGUGCCAGUCCCCUUCCCGAACCCCUGUCGUUUCUACCCCAGAUAUCUUCAUGUCUUUACGUCUGUCUUCCCGUUUUCCUCACCUUUGUGACGGCUUGUCUUUGC